UUGUUCGGUUCAGGUUCUAAUGUGUCAUUAAUUGGUUAUAAUUUAUUAUUUAUUGUGUGUGAACUAUAAAUCACAUAAAAUAAUAUUGUAUCUUCGAUCAGAAUUGUAAUUGCCAUUAUAUAAUAAAUAAAUUAUUUCGUAAAAAUCGUAUUUAAAUAUUAUAACCUAAUUAAUUUGUAUGCAAAGUGUACCGCUCGAAAAUUGAUUGAAAAAUACGUCGAUACUUUUAAGUAAAUUGUAUUCAAAAUGAGUGCUUAUAGUGUAGUAACGUCGGAUUUUGUAAAUGUGUCUAUUACUACUUCUAGUCAGCAAUCACAUUGUGUAGAACGAAGAUUUCAAAAAGGAAUAACUAUCGAUGAAUUUAAGGGAAAAUUGGAACUCGUAACUGGUGGUAAUCCGUCGACAAUGGUUGUCGAAGUGUACGAUAAGAACAGUAAAUUAAUCUGCAAAUUGGAAGAUGGUCAACGACUUUUGGGAUCGUACCCUAUCGAUGAUGGAAUGCGAGUUCAUAUAAUAGACAAUUUUUCUCGUACCGAUGAAAGUCUCAAUAAUGUUGAAAAAUUUGAUAUGUCCGAAGAAGAAUAUGCUAAACGAGGAGAUACGGUGAAAGCGUUUUUGGAAAUAAAUAAAUUAGGGAAGUACAAUGAAGAGAAAAUGAAAAACAAAGAAGAAAGAAAGAGGCAAGAAGAGGAGGCGGAAGCAACAGCAGCUCAGUUAUGCAAAGUCGGUGAUCGAUGCGAAGUUUGCGUACCAAAUCAACCGAAACGUAGAGCUAGUAUCAUGUACGUCGGUAAAACAGAAUUUAAAGAAGGUUGGUGGAUCGGUGUAAAAUACGACGAACCGCUUGGUAAAAACGACGGAACCGUCAAUGGGAAAAGAUAUUUUGAAUGUUUACCGAAAUAUGGUGGGUUUGUAAAACCAGUGCAUAUAAAAGUAGGAGAUUUCCCGGAAGAAGAGUUCGACUUGGACGAAGAACUUUGAAAUAUUAAAAUUCAUUAAUUUAA